CAACCCAACCCAAUCAAUUAUCUAACGCAACGCAGGCAACUCUCAGAACAUACAUAACCGCGGGGGUUGAUUUCAAGAUGCCACCUUCUAUGCAAACGAACCGACUAAUAUCCACCCUCCGCCUCCUCAUCCCCCGUCUCCGCCUUCUCCAAAAGAAAGAAACCGCCUCCUCCGUCGCGCAACGGCGGGAACUCGCCCAACUCCUCGAUUCCAACCGCGACGCAUCAGCCCGGAUCCGCGUCGAGAAUGUCAUCGCGACGGAUAUAGCUGUUGAGGUGAUGGAGAUGAUUGAGUUGUAUUGCGAAUUAUUGCUUGCGAGAGCGGCGGUGUUGGAUGCGAUUGCGUUUGGUGAGAGGGGGGGGAGGGGGAGGAGUCGAGCGAAGAUGGAGGAAGGGAGGAGGGAAGGUAAGGAUGCUGGUGGGAGUGGGAGUGGAGGGUUUGGGUUAUUUGGAACUGGUGGGAAGAAAUCCAAGGAGGAAGAUAAAGAUAAAGAUCAAGCUGGGGAGGAAGGGGAAGAGGAGGAAGAAGGAUACAUCGACCCGGGCCUCGACGAAGCUGCCGCAGCGAUAUUCUACGCCUGGCCACGUUUCCCCCGCGAGGUGCGCGAAUUAACCACUCUUCGAAACCAACUCGUCGAGCGAUGGGGGAAGGACUUUGCGUCUCUAGCGCAGGAUAAUAAAGCCGGAAUCAAGGUUCCUGAGCGCCUGGUGAAGAGUCUCCGAGUGCGUCCGCCGCCGAAGGAGCUGGCGGAGAGUUAUCUAAGGGAAAUCGCAAAGGCGUAUGGUGUUGCAUGGCCGAAGGGGGAGGUGAGAGAGUCGUCGUCGUCGUCGUCGGAGUUCGUCGAUCAUCCACCAGCAUCAUCUGCAUCUGCAUCUGCAUCAUCGGGGGAUAUACCGGACGCAACACCAUCGACGCCGCGGAAACCAGACCUUUCUGAGCUGCGAAGCGUCUCAGAAGCAGAGUUGAGCAAAGCCACGCCGCCGAGAGAUAUCGGGCCUCAGAGUCCAGUGAGUGUUGCGCCGCCAGGACCGACGACGGAUAAUUUGAAUCCGAAGGUGAAUUUUCCAGGGUCAGAGACGGGGAAUGAUAAUAAUAUUAAUAACCAGACGCCGGAGCCAAAGAAGACGGGGAAUGGCAUUCCCGAGAUGGACGAGCUGGCGAGGAGGUUUGCGGCGUUGAAGAAGUGAGGUGUGGAUCGAGCUUUAUGAGAGGUUCUGUAUUCGUAUAUCUCGGUUGUAGUGUUUUAUUUUAUGACAUGAUAUACCCUUUAUACAUGUGUUCAGUUCAUUCAGGACAUAUGUACUCGUCUGCUAUCGAGCAAGUACUUGAACUCCUCCCAGCCUUAUAUUCGAAGAUGUUAACGCUGAGCUCUUCAUUGCGAAUGAUGGUGGAAGGAUUCUCGAGGUGCUAGCAUAUUUAUAUGGAGUAGCUUUCGAUAAUGGGGAAUAGUUGGCUAGCCGUUCAUACAUCUAAUGUAACUAGAUAAAGAAGCCAACGUCUUGCUUACUCUCCUAUACGGUAUUUUUAAAUCUCACUGAUAUUUGUCAAG